AUGGCGCUAGACGCAACCAACGGCUUUGCUGCCGCUGAUAGCGUCCAAAACCUGACCGACGAGGGCCUGCCUAUAUUCGACGUCGAGCGAGUCCAGCUCCAGUUCUCCGUCGCCGCCGACUUUGUUGCCGCCCAGGUUGCCAACAACGUCCUUGUUCUCGCCCUGUCUAAUGGCCGCAUACUGCGCAUCGACCUCAACCGACCGGAAGAUAUCGACGAUAUCGACCUUCCCAAGCGAGUUUCCGAAGUAGGCGUUAUCCGGCGCAUGUUCCUCGACCCGACCGCCUCUCAUCUGCUCAUAUGUACCUCGCUCGGCGAGAACUACUACCUGCAUACACAGUCUCGCCAGCCGCGGCCCCUGAGCAGGUUACGCGGUGUGCCGGUCGAGUCCGUGGCUUGGAACCCGUCGCUGCCUACUGCCACCACCCGCGAGAUUCUCAUAGGCGCCUCCGACGGAAAUAUUUACGAGACCUUCAUCGAAACCUCGACCGAGUUCUACAGGAAGGAGGAGAAGUUCCUGAAGGCGCUGACCAAACUCCCGGAUGGCCCGAUCACGGGGCUGUGGGUUGAUAUCAUUGGUGGAAGCGUAGAUACGAGGAGAGUGCUCAUCACGACGCACAGCCGCGUGUUCCACCUGGCGGGUAAAGUUGGCCGGAGUGCUCACGAAGGCAGCGGAUCGAUCUACACGAGGCUGUUCGACUCGGAACAGCCAGUCAUCCACGAGAUUUCGCGGACUGCCGGCGCCGGCCCCUCCGCCCUCGCUAUCUCACCCGACUCGCCCGACAUUAAGACGUAUGACAACGUGGCGUCGGAUCGAGCUUUUGCCUGGCUUUCUUCCCAUGGCGUCUACCACGGAAAGCUCUUAGCCACCCCCGGGAACAAUGACCUAGGGAAUCUAGUGUUUGCCGAAUCAAAGCUGCUACCCAAGUCGCAGAUACUCUCCUCGGAAGCUUCAGGACGGAAGAAGACCUCGUCCGAGUCGCUCGACGCGAUCGCCUUGACCCAGUGGCAUAUAAUCAGCUUAGUCGGUGGCCGCGUCGUAGUCGUCAACCGAUUAACGGGCACGGUGGUGUACGAUCAACUGAUCCUAGAUCAGGGGCAAAAGGCACUGGGUCUCUAUGUUGACCAGCAAAAGAACACGUUCUGGUUCUUUACUGGCCAGGAGAUAUUCGAGAUCGUUGUGAAGGACGAAGACCGAGACAUAUGGCGCAUCAUGCUACAGAGGCAGCAGUACGACAUGGCAAUGCAGUAUGCCCAUACACCGGCCCAGAAAGACGCGGUUUCGAUGGCGUCCGGCGACUAUCUAGUCGAGAAGGGCUUAUUCGUCGAAGCCGCCGGUGUCUAUGGCAAGAGCAGCAAACCAUUCGAGGAUGUUGCGCUCACAUUCAUCGACCGCGGCCAGAACGACGCCCUGCGGAAGUAUCUCCUUACCAAACUCACCACUUAUAAGAAGAACUCUACCAUGCAGAGGAUGAUGAUAUCAACGUGGCUAGUGGAAAUAUUUAUGGCGAAGCUAAAUUCUCUCGAAGACUCGAUCACGGUAGAAGUAGAGUCAGCUGAGAACGGGAACGGAAAGAAGCAGUCGCGGGACCAACUCGACGCUGUCCGGGACGAGUACCGCGAAUUUGUCACCAAACACAAAUCCGAUCUAGACCCCAAGACGACUUACGACGUAAUCAGUAGCCACGCUCGGGAAGACGAGCUUCUAUUCUUCGCCAACGCCAUCAGCGACUAUAACUAUGUCCUGUCAUAUUGGGUACGGAGAGAGCGGUGGGUAGAGACCCUGAACGUGCUCAAGAAGCAGACAGACCCAGGGGUCUUUUACCGCUACAGCAGCGUAUUGAUGACACAUGUCGGGCAAGAGCUAGUCGAGAUCAUGAUGCGACAUCCGAAACUGGAGCCGCGUAAAGUCAUACCGGCUCUCCUCGAUUAUAACAAGAAUUUCAAGGGGCCGCUCAUCCAGAACCAGGCUAUACGGUAUCUUCUAUUUCUCGUCAACCAACUUCACACCGCAGACGCAGCUGUCCACAACACCCUUGUCUCCAUCUACGCGUCUCACGAGUCGAAAGACGAAACAGGUCUGCUAGCAUACCUCGAAUCGCAAGGCGAGGAGCCUCAUUUCGAUCCCGACUUCGCCCUGCGCCUAUGUAUCCAGCAUAAACGAACUCUCUCUUGCGUACACAUCUACACGAACAUGGGGCAAUACGUCCAAGCUGUGGACCUUGCCCUCUCGCACAACGAGGUCGAGUAUGCUUCCAUUAUCGCGGACCGCCCGAUGUCCAACCCGGCCCUCCGCAAAAAGCUGUGGCUCGCGGUGGCCCGCAAAGUCAUCUCGCAAUCUAACGGCAUCAAGACGGCGAUCGAAUUCCUGAAGCGGUGCGAGCUGCUGAAGAUCGAGGACCUGAUCCCGUUCUUCCCGGACUUCGUGGUGAUCGACGACUUCAAGGACGAGAUAUGCAACGCGCUGGAGGACUACUCGCGCAACAUCGACAGCCUGAAGAAGGAGAUGGACGAGAGCUCGCAGACGGCGGCCAACAUCAAGAUCGACAUCGCGGGGCUCGACCACCGCUACGCGAUCGUGGAGCCGGGGGAGAAGUGCUACGUGUGUGCGCUGCCGCUGCUGAGCCGGCAGUUUUUUGUGUUUCCUUGCCAGCACGCCUUUCACUCGGACUGCCUCGGACGCAAGGUGCUCGAGCAGGCGGGCGUGGCCAAGAGCCGGCGCAUCAAGGAGUGUCAGGUGCAGAUCAGCAAAGGCCUCGUCAGCGGGGCCAAGAAGGAUGCCAUGGUCGCGGAGCUCGACGCGCUGGUGGCCUCGGCCUGCAUAUUGUGUAGCGACUACGCCAUCAAGCGGAUCGACGAGCCGUUCGUCGCGGCCGACGAGGACAAGGCCGAGUGGGCACUGUGA